AUGCGCCUCUUACAGGCUACAUCCGACAACGACUUCAGCCUGGUCGAAUACUUUGAUAACAUCCCGCCAUAUGCGGUUCUUUCUCAAACCUGGGGUGCGGAUCAUGAAGAAGUCACAUUCAAAGAUAAAUACAAGGGCAAGGGCAAAGGCAAGACAAAGCUUGGAUACGAAUAG